AUAUACUAUGAUAAAAUGUAAAUUCAUAAUUCGAUAGAAUAUCAACAAUUCUAGUAAAAACAGGGCGCGAAAUUGCAUUCAACACAUUUGAAGUGAUUGUUUCAUGCUAAUUUCAUUUGAUAAAAUUAUUUGUUUCACCAUUCGCACAAUUAAAACGAAUAGUGAAAAUGAGUGGCUUUUCUGGCAAAAGAAAAUUUACAGAAAACGGCAAAGCAGGCAAUAAUGGUCAACCCGCGGGAGGGAAACAGUCAAAACCGCGGAACGAUGAAGAGGAUUUUGAUUUUGAUGAAAUGGAAGAUGAUAUGGCUGCGGACGGUUUUAGAGAGGAUAUAGAUCCGAAUACUUUACUUGGCGAAGGUCCAGAAAAUCAGCAAACUUCUGUGAAAUGGUCUCGCGCUGAUCCACCUAAAUUAGAUCCUUCGUCUGAUGAAUUGGUAUUUCAACAAAUUGACAUUGAAAAUUACUUGGGUGAGCCAUUGCCAAGUAUGCCAGGAUCACAGAUUGGUCCUGUUCCAAUAAUACGCAUGUUUGGCAUUACCAUGAAGGGCAACUCGGUGUGUUGUCAUGUGCAUGGCUUCUGUCCCUAUUUUUACAUAGCGGCUCCUCGCAGUUUCGAGCAAAAUCAUUGUAAUGCCCUACGCGAAGCUUUAGAUAAAAAAGUAUUGGCCGAUAUGCGCAGCAAUAAAAAUAACGUACAAGAAGCUGUGCUAGAGGUGCAACUCGUAGAGCGUCUCAAUAUUUACGGUUAUCAAGGUGAUACUAAGCAGCGCUAUAUAAAAAUAACUAUGUCAAUGCCCAAACUAGUGGCAGCAGCAGUGCGUCUACUUACCCAUCAGGUAGUUAUGUCGGAUUUUGAUUUUCAAGAUUGUCGUGCAUUCGAAAGCAACAUUGACUUCGAUAUACGUUUCAUGGUGGAUACACAUGUAGUGGGCUGCAAUUGGAUUGAGCUGCCAGCGGGUACAUGGCGGAUACGAGACAAAAGAACAAAACCUUUGCCGGAGUCACGUUGCCAAAUCGAAGUUGACGUGGCAUACGAUAAAUUCAUAUCGCAUGAGCCGGAGGGAGAGUGGGCAAAGGUUGCGCCUUUUCGUAUACUCUCAUUUGAUAUUGAGUGUGCUGGACGCAGAGGCAUUUUCCCCGAGCCUAAAAUGGAUGCUGUUAUACAGAUUGCUAACAUGGUAAUACGACAGGGUGAACCCGAACCGUUCAUAAGGAAUGUGUUUACCUUAAACACAUGUGCGCCUAUCGUUGGUUCCGAGGUACGUUGUUUUCCUAAAGAAACUGACCUCCUAGAUGCUUGGUCCAGUUUUGUGCGCGAAGUUGAUCCGGAUAUAUUAACGGGCUACAAUAUAAAUAACUUUGAUAUACCCUAUCUACUGAAUCGUGCUGCUCAUUUAAAAGUGAAGAAUUUUGAAUAUCUUGGUCGUAUACGGAAUAUACGUUCGGUUAUCAAGGAGCAAAUUCUGCAAUCGAAACAAAUGGGCCGACGUGAGAAUAAGUAUGUCAAUUUUGAGGGUCGCGUUCCUUUUGAUUUGCUUUUUGUGCUGUUGCGAGAUUACAAGUUGCGUUCGUAUACGCUUAAUGCUGUGAGCUAUCAUUUUUUGCAAGAGCAAAAAGAGGAUGUGCAUCAUAGCAUAAUUACAGACCUGCAAAAUGGGGACGAGCAAACGCGCCGGCGUUUGGCUAUGUACUGCUUGAAAGAUGCCUACUUGCCUUUACGACUGCUCGAUAAGCUAAUGCCUGUCGUGAAUUAUAUGGAAAUGGCUAGGGUUACAGGCGUGCCUUUGGAAUCAUUGCUCACACGUGGCCAGCAAAUUAAAGUGCUGAGUCAACUGCUGCGCACUGCGCGUACUAAAAACUUCAUAAUGCCUGCCCAUCAAUCGAAGGCGUCCGAGGAGCAGUAUGAGGGCGCAACAGUUAUAGAGCCGAAGCGUGGCUACUAUGCUGAUCCAAUAGCAACGCUCGAUUUCGCUUCACUAUACCCGAGUAUAAUGAUUGCACACAAUCUCUGCUAUACGACGCUGUUGCAGCCAGGCAUGAAAGAACGCUUGGGACUUUCAGAUGAACAGGUUCAACGAACGCCAGCUAAUAACACAUUCGUGCGCGCAGAUGUGCGGCGUGGACUGUUGCCAGAGAUCUUGGAAUCAUUACUAGCGGCGCGUAAGCGUGCCAAAAAUGAUUUAAAGGUAGAAAAAGAUCCUUUUCGACGCAAAGUGCUCGAUGGUCGUCAAUUGGCAUUGAAAAUAUCCGCCAAUUCUGUUUAUGGUUUCACGGGCGCACAAGUUGGCAAACUGCCAUGUCUAGAAAUAUCAGGCAGCGUUACCGCCUUUGGACGUACGAUGAUUGAAUUGACAAAAAAUGAGGUAGAACAACAUUAUAAAAUCGCCAACGGUUAUGAAAAUGACGCCGUAGUCAUCUACGGUGACACUGAUUCGGUGAUGGUAAAUUUUGGUGUUAAAACUUUAGAGCGCGCCAUGGAGCUUGGGCGUGAAGCGGCGGAAAUAGUGAGCGCGAAGUUUGUGAGACCCAUCAAAUUGGAAUUCGAAAAGGUCUACUAUCCUUAUUUGUUGAUCAAUAAAAAACGUUAUGCAGGAUUGUAUUUCACACGUCCCGAGACGUAUGACAAAAUGGAUUGCAAAGGCAUUGAAACCGUUCGUCGUGAUAAUUCACCGCUCGUUGCGAAUCUCAUGAACACUUGCUUGCAAAAGCUACUCAUCGAACGCAAUCCCGAAGGUGCCGUUGACUAUGCGAAACGUAUUAUAGCCGAUUUACUAUGUAAUCGCGUCGACAUCUCACAGCUAGUUAUCACUAAAGAGCUGUCCAAGACAGAUUAUGCUGCUAAGCAAGCGCAUGUAGAAUUGGCAAGCAAAAUGAAGAAACGUGACCCUGGCACAGCACCGAAAUUGGGUGACCGUGUGCCUUAUGUCAUUUGUGCGGCAGCAAAGAACACACCCGCCUACAUGAAGGCAGAAGAUCCAUUGUACGUGUUGGAGAAUUGUGUGCCUAUCGACGCGAACUACUAUCUGGAGCAACAACUUUCGAAACCUUUGUUACGCAUAUUCGAACCGCUGCUUGGCGAUCGUGCCGAAUCAAUUUUGCUGAAGGGCGAGCACACACGCACACGUUCUGUGGUUACUUCAAAAGUUGGUGGUCUUGCCGGCUUUAUGACGAAGAAAUCAUCCUGUCUUGGCUGUCGUGCGCUCAUGCCUAACGGCUACGAGAAGGCGGCACUCUGUCCGCAUUGUGAGCCACGCAUGGCCGAACUGUAUCAGCGCGAAGUCAUAGCAAAGCGCUCGUUGGAGGAAACCUUUAACAGGCUAUGGACCGAGUGUCAACGUUGUCAGGGUUCACUGCACGAAGAGGUAUUGUGCUCGAAUCGUGAUUGCCCGAUUUUUUACAUGCGUCAAAAAAUACGCAUGGACUUGGAUACGCAGGAAAAACGUGUGCAGCGUUUCGGCGCGACGGAUUGGUGAAUAGUGUUUGCGUGUUUUGCAUGUAUUACGCCUAACGGUUUUGAACUAAAUUGUGAACUUUAUCCAGCGAAUACCAUAUUUAUAAUUUAUUUGUUUUGAUUUUUAUUAACGUUUGUAAGGAUGAUAUUCAAUUUGACAGCGAACAAUAAAAUUUACAAAAAUGCUGACCGAUA